UUUCAUGGAAACGAUAAAACACCAAACAAAUAUAAACAGAAAUUAAAUUAAAAGAUUGUUGUUGUUAUAAAUUGUUUUUUUUUUUGAAAUUUUGCCAUAUCAUUCGUUCACAACAAUAAAAAGAAAACAAUAAUGGCCAGCGGUUAUAUGACCCGAUCGAAAGCAUUAAUACCGCACAUUCAACACGAUAUAAAUAGUAUGGUAUUUUUCAUUGAUCUUGGCACAUCUAGAGCAUUUAUUUCUUACAAAAAAUUCAAUAAAAUCAUUGUCAUGGAACACACUGAGGUGCCGGCAAAGUAUUCUGGUAAAGGUUUGGGCAAAUUAUUGGCAAAGUCCGAAUAUUAGACGACAGACAAAAUGGAUGAAGUGGACUAUAAGUCAUUGAUUUUAUAUUAUGGACGGGAGAAAUACUUUCAUUCAAUGCAAAGUAAAUCGAUUGAAGCCCUAACUAAAUUUCCAGCCAAUGCAUGCUUUCGAUUGUACAAUGGAUUUGCAUUGUCGCUUGGCAAUCGUACUCAGGAAGGAAUUCGUGAACUAAAUCCGAUGCAAUCGGAUAAAGAAUAUGGAAUGGCUGCAACUAUUGGUUUAAUUUAUGCACACAAACGAUGUACGGUGAUUGAUAAGGAGGCAAUUUCAUCGCUCGAUCAACGUUUGAAAGAGGAACGAAAACAUUUAACCAGUCAAUCAGCUUACUAUGCCGGUGUAUUUCUAUUUUUAAGUGGAAAAUUAGAAAAGGCCAAAGAAUAUGCGGAGAAAGCAUUGAAAUUGUUGCAUACAUCGAUUGAUGCUCUCAUGUUGAAAGCAUGGUGUGAACUAAAUCUUCGAACGAAAAAUGGUGCACAGGUAUUGGAUGCAACUGAAAUCGCUUUGGAAUAUGGUAAAAAUGUUGAUGCAUAUUUAUUGCAAGUGCGUUAUCAUCAGCAAAAUAGUGACUAUGAAACGGCUACCAAUAUUUUAAAUCACUUAUCGAUUCGAUAUCCGGACACAAAUGUGCCGCUUGUGGAAAAAAUGAAAAUUCAAUUGGCCAGCUGGAAUUGGGAGAAUGCAAAAGAAACAUCAGCUCGUAUAUUAAAUCUUGAACCGAAUAAUAUUGAGGCGUUAUGCAUUAAAACGCUCGGCAUAAUUUGUCAUGAGGGAAAAGCCGAAACUGGUUUAAUCUAUUUGAAACAAUUAUAUUCGGCAUUGGCAAAAUGUGAACCAACAAAUGCCGAUCUACAUUUGUAUUUUGCUCAACUAUUUUCACGUAAUUGCAGUCGAAAUGAAGACAUACUCAAUUGUACCAUGCUAUUUGCAGAAAAAGCGUAUCAAUUAUCACCAUUGAAAGCGGAAUAUUUGACAGAAUUGGGCUUUCAGUCGAUAUUACAAGGUCAUUACAAGGAGGCGGUGAAACAUUUUCGUGCCGCAACGAAAGUUGAUGACAGCUCAUUGCAGGCAUUGUGUGGCCUAACUGUGUGUCAAAUGGCCGAGUCGGGUGUUAGCGAACAGGUUAAACAACAAAUUGAAUUUCUGUGUGAAAUUCAAGGGACCACAAAAAAUCCAUUGCUAUUGUAUAUGUCAGCAAAAACAAUUGAAAACAAUUCGGAUAAAGCCAUUUCAAUAUUAGCCGAAGCAUGUGAAAUUCAUUUCAAAAAUUUAAAAACUAUACCGUAUGGUGCCGAAUACUUACGGCGAUUCGAUCCAGAUUUUCUAUUGAACAUAACCAAUGAUUUACUGAAGUAUUCACCAACACAAUCGACCAUUAAUAUUGAUGAUAUCGAUGUAACAAAGAAAACAUUGCAUAUUUCAUUGAAACAAAGUUUAAAUAUACUUGAAGCGAUUGUUAAGGCAUACCCGGGAUCAGUUCUGGCUGUUUAUCAAUUGGCAAAAAUUGAAUUUCUAUGCGGUGAAAUUUCCGAAGCAACAGCAACACUGCAACGUCUGCUAAAUGACAUUGAUCCAUCGUACAGUGAUGCACAUUUACUUUUGGCACAAAUUCACAUUCAACAGAAACACUAUCAACGGGCCAAUCAAAAUUUAGAGACUUGCCUGAGCCACAAUUUUGAAGUACGUGAUAAUCCAAUGUAUCAUCUGGUGAAUGGUGUGAUUAAGAAAAAUCUACUACAAUUUGAGGAUGCACAAAAAUCUUUUCAAACAGCCUUGAAUAUUUGUGGCGUAGCCAAUUCAAAUACAUCAUUGAAUAAAUCAAAAGAUAAAUAUGCGCUCGAAUUGUCUGAUCGUGUUACACUCUAUUUACAAAUGAUCGACGUAUAUUUAUUGAUGAAUCAACAAAGUGAAGCCAUCAAAAUAAUGGAACAUUCAUUCGAAGAGUUCAGUAAUACACCGGAAGAGGGUCGAAUUAUAAUUGCAAGUGCAGAUAUUGCAUUGCAACAAGGAAAAAUUGAUAAAGUUUUGCAUUAUUUGAAAAAUAUUCAACCGGGCCAACCGUAUUAUAUGCAGGCGAAAAAUAAAUUGGCAUACGUUUAUCUGAAUCAUAAAAAAGAUCGAAUUCUCUUUGCACAAUGCUUCAAAGAGCUGGUUGAAUAUAUGCCGGGACCAGAAAGCUAUCUGAUGUUGGGCGAUGCAUACAUGUCUAUACAAGAACCAGAGGAGGCAAUAAAUGCUUUUAAAAUGGCAUUGCGUCAGAAUCCAAGCGAUCCACUGUUGGCUAGUAAACUGGGUCGAGCUUAUGUUAAAACGCAUCAAUACAACAAAGCAAUUGCUUAUUACAAAGAAGCCACCAUGCAUGACAAGAACUUAUCGAUGAAAUUGGAUUUGGCCGAACUAUUUUUGAAAUUGAAGCAAUUCUCAAAUGCUGAACAAACAUUGAUUGAAGACAUCGAAUCAAGCAAUAGUGCAAACGAUGACACAACAUUGCUACAAACGAGAACGAAGCAAUUGCUCUUACUGGCACGCAUUCGUGAGAAAUCCGGCCAUUUGAGUUCAUCAUUGGCCACACUUAAAGAAGCACGGGACAAUCAAUAUCGUUUGCAAAAUCGUAUCGUUGUCGAACAAUCGGCUGGCGUCUAUGAGCAAAAUGCAAUUCUUUCCAAAAUUUGUGUAUUAAUGGCUGAGCAAUCAAUAUUAUUGCGCGAUAAUAAUCAAGCAAUCAUACACUAUAGAGAAGCAUUAAAAUAUUCACCAGACGACAUAAAAACAGUGACUGCUCUGGCACGUCUUCAUUUGCAAGUUAAUGAUGUUAUGGAAUGUCAAAAUAUGUGCACGAAAAUUUUAAAACACGAUCCAAACAACGAAGCCGCUAGUGUAAUGGCCGCUGAUCUCUCAUUUCGUGGAAUGAAUUUCGAAAGUGCUGCAUAUCAUUUUUCGCAAUUGUUAAUCGGUCAACCGACAUAUUGGACAGCAUUGGCGCGUUUGGUUGAGGUAUUGCGCAGGUCGGCCGCGUUGCCAGACGCCCUUCCAUUUCUUGAUCGUGCCGAACAGAAAUGUCCGCAACCAAAUCAAGAGGCCGGGUUGAAUUAUUGCAAAGGCUUACAUGAAUGGUACAGUGGAAAUCCAAAUAAUGCCCUUCGUUAUUUUAACAAUGCACGUCGCAGUUCGGAAUGGGGUCAUCAAGCUAUCUGCAAUAUGGUUGAAAUUUGUCUCAAUCCUGAUAAUGAUUUACCAAACGAAUCCGUACCAGAUUCCUUUAGUGAUGAGUCGGAAAUUCGUGAAUCAAAAUUGAUGGCACUCCGAACGGCUGAACGUUUGCUCAAAGAAUUACAAUCAAGCACCAGUAGCGUGGAGAAUGAUUCGUUAUCAUUUCGUUUGCUUACAAAUUUCCAUUUGAUGGCAACACGUCAAAAAUAUUCAAUCGAAACGGCAUUAGGUGAUUUCACUGAGAUUGCAAUGCAAGAAGAGUACCGUGAUCAUGUUGGACCCAUUUUGGGACUGGCAACUGCUCAUAUUUUAUUGAAACAAACGCAAAAAGCAAAAAAUCAAUUGAAACGUGUGGCACGGAAUACAUGGACUUUUGAGGAUGCCGAAUAUUUGGAAAAAUGUUGGUUGAUGUUGGCUCACAUCUAUAUUCAAGCGAAUAAAAAUGACAUGGCAAUGGAUUUAUUGGAUAAAGUUAUAGCGCACAAUAAAUCAUGUGCUAAGGCGUAUGAAUUGAGCGCACAAUUAUCGGAAAAAGAUCAAAUUUAUCGCAUCGCUGCCAUGCACUAUGAUUUGGCGUGGAAAUAUGGCGGCAAGUCAAAAGCAUCAAUUGGUUAUAAACUGGCAUUUAAUUAUAUGAAAAUCAAGCGAUAUGCAGACGCAAUUGAUGUUUGUCAACAAGUUCUCAAACUUCACCCAGAUUAUACACAUUGCAAAAAUGUCUUGGAUAAAUGUCGAAAUAAUUUGAGAUUGUAAUUAGAGUUUAAAAAAAAAACACAUAAAUGAUCUCAAGGAUUUCUUGUAAUUUUACCUUUGGAUUCUGAUAGAUCUAAGACCUAGGUUAGUUUUUGAAAU